UACUACGACAACUCCACCACAUAGUUUCCCUAUCAAUCCUUCUCUUUUUCUCUCUCUAACAUCGGAUGUUGUACGGUACCACGGCGAGUGAAAUGGACGCGCCGCCGAUCUACCGUCUUCCUCAGGAUACUCUGCACCAGAUAUUCUCAGCUCUUCCCCUCCGUCAGAUCAUGAUCUGUCGCUCCGUCUGUAAGCUCUUCAACCAAGUCCUCACCUCACCUUGCUUCCUUCAUCUCAUCUCCGCCACCUCUUCGCUUCAUCUCCUCGCUCUCCGACCACCUCACCACCACCACCACCACGCCCACCGCCUCCACCAAUCAUCUCAUCCCGGUCUCCACGUCUUUGACCCCGAUCAGAACCAGUGGCUCAGAUUCAACCUCGACUUCCUCCCAUUCCGUUCUCUCCACCCGGUUGCAUCUUCCCUCGGACUCGUUUACCUAUGGGGAGACUCGCCGGACUUGUCUCCGGGUCUCAGCAAGUCGCUUCUUGUAUGUAACCCUUUGACUCGACAGUUUCGGGUUUUGCCUCAGCUGGGUUCGGCCUGGUCUCGUCAUGGUUCGGUUCUUGUCGAUUCGGCGAGUCGAGUCAUGGUUUUGACUGAGCUCGCUGCGCUUUAUUGCUUUUCGGGUUCGAAUCAAUGGCUGAGCUUUUCUUCGAAUUUGCCGUCGAAACCUAGAAGCCCUAUUCUGGUUUCUGACUCGGUUUACGCUCUUUGCGAUGUUGGUUCGCCGUGGAGAAGCCAGUGGAAGCUUUUCUCGUGCACAAUUGCGAAGAUGAAGAAUUCGCAGACAUGGAAUCGGCUCGAGAGACACGAGUGGGGUGACGUGUUUGAUAUCUUGAAAAGACCUCGUUUGGUUAGGGGAAAUGGGAACCGAAUCCUUAUGGUUGGUGGGUUGAAAUCUUCGUUCUCUUUGAACUCGUCGUGUUCGACUAUAUUGAUUUUGAGAUUGGAUUUGGAGAGUUUGGAUUGGGACGAAGCGGGUCGGAUGCCAUUGGAUAUGUUUAGGUGUUUUCAGGAAUCGAGUAAGUUUAAGGUGUUUGGUGGAGGAGAUAGGGUUUGCUUUUCGGCGAAAAGGGUCGGAAGAUUGGCCUUGUGGGAUUACUGCUCCGGCAAAGGGGAUUGGAGAUGGAUAGAUGGUGUGCCCGGUAGUGGGGAUGGUCUCAGCAGGGGAUUCGUUUUCGAGGCAAGGCUCACAGCAUUGUCUCCUUAAUCACUCUGCUUGAAUUUUCGAAUUUUGAGUGUAUUGGUAGGGAUGCUUUUCCUCGUCAGGUUCGAAUCCCACCAAGUCCUCGAUGAAACUUGCCCCAGCCAAUGCUGUGUGGCGACCCAGAGCUCAUUUUGGCAGUCGUCCAUCUCUUUGUCGCUUUGUGAAAGGUAAUCCAGGCUGAAGUUGCCUCAAAAACCAAAGGGCAUGGAGAUUGGACUUCAAGAAAGGAAAUUUAUGUUCCUUUCUCUAUUUAUUUAGGCUGAAAUGUUUAGUUUAUUUUUAUGACAAUACAAUACAUAUGAUAUAUCUAAGCCAGGCCAACAUAAUAGAAAUCCAUAUAAAGAUUAUAGAGUCGUAUAAAUGAAGAUUAUAAUGUAUAGAGAAAUUCAACAAGUAGUAUUUGUGGGUAGGUACUAUAGAAAUGUAAGGAUUGAUCAUAAAUCUAAGUUCCUCUUUAUUAA